AUGGUGAAAGAAUACUUUCUCAUUUUAUUCCUUGGCAUCGCCUAUGGAGCUGUCCUGCCAAGAGAUUUUGCAUGGGGCACAGCCACAGCUGCUUUUCAAGUUGAAGGCGCUUGAAACGUUUCAGGACGUGGGCAAUGUAUCUGGGAUUAUUUCCAAAAUUUCCCAGGCCGUAUUUACAACAACGAGACUGGCCAUGUUGCAGACGAUUUCUAUGACAGAUACCCAUCAGACAUUAAAAUCCUCCAACAAUUAGGAAUCAAAAACUUCAGAGUUUCUCUUUCCUGGACUCGUCUGCUUCCAAAUGGACUGGUAACCAACGUAAACCAAGCUGGUGUUCAAUUUUACAAUAAUCUGUUCGAUGCAUUGCUUGCAGCUGGAAUUCAGCCUUUUGUAACUCUUUUCCAUUGGGAUUUAUUCAGAAUAAAAUUAAACUUGAGAAUAUUCCGCAAACUCAUCUAAUAAUAUAUUGCACAAUUUUAAGGUGUUUAUUCGCCCAUUUUCAAUAUACCUCAAACCUUCAAUAACUUUACAGCCCAAAGCACAUGGCUAGACCCAGAUGUCGCAAAUAAAUUCAAUGCUUAUGCAGACUUUUGCUUCAAGACUUUUGGAAACAAGGUUAAAUACUGGAUCACCAUGAACGAAAUCCAAACUUUCACAUGGAUUGGAUAUGGCGUCGGAACCCACGCCCCAGGAAGAUGCUCUCCAAAUUGGGGUGACUGGUGCCAACAAGUAGGUGGAGGUGGCAAUUCUUCAACUGAGCCUUACCUAGCAGCUCACAACGCAUUGCUAGCUCACGGCCUUGCAGUUCAGACUUACAGAAAAUAUUACCAACCAACCCAAAAAGGCAAAAUCGGGAUGACCAUCAGUAGUGCAUUUUACUAUCCUUCUAAUACAUCAGAACCAGAAGACUACAAAUCAGCAGAUGUUUCUGUCGCUUUCCAAUAUGGGUGGUUUGCUGAUCCUCAAGUCUUUGGAAGAUAUCCAGAAGAAAUGAGCUCACUCAUUACAGGAAAUAGACUUCCUACAUUCACGACAGAACAAUCAAUGAUGUUGAAAGGGUCUUAUGAUUUCUUAGGAGUCAAUUAUUACUACAGUCAAUAUGCUCACUAUACAGGAGUGCCUGGUGAUAACUUCGGAAAUGAUUGCAGAUGUAGCCAAAGUCCUUACAAUUCAACUGGACAUCUUAUCGGCCCAUAUGCAGAUUCAGGCUGGCUAAAUGUAUAUGCCCCUGGAUUUAGAGGCCUUUUGAACUGGGUUAAAAAUAGAUACAACAAUCCUGACAUCUAUGUUCUUGAGAACGGAGUAAGCUGCCCUGGAGAAAAUACUGUCCCUGAAGCUCAAGCCUUGAACGACACUUUCCGUAUGGAUUAUUUAUAUAACCAUAUUAUGAAUAUGGUAGAUGCAGUUGUAAAUGAUGGAGUUAGGGUUAAAGGAUACUUCGUAUGGUCAUUAUUAGACAACUUUGAGUGGACUGAUGGCUAUAAUGUCAGAUUCGGGCUCACUUAUGUGGAUUACAACAAUAACCUGACAAGAACUGUUAAGAACUCAGGGUAUCUUUAUCAGAGCUUAAUUGGCUAUUUAGGAACCCAUCAUGUUGAAGAAGUUAAAAAGCUGUCUCCUUAUUCACUUGCUGAAAGAGGCAAACAAUUGCAUAAUCUUCUAGAGGAUUAA